ACAUCACUGCCCCCAUUAAAAAAAGAAGAAGAAAAAAAACAGCGUUCCCCACAGAAAACAUGGCAUCUCCCAGAGUACAAAAGCAUUUUGUUCUAGUGCAUGGGGCAUGUCAUGGGGCCUGGAGUUGGUACAAGCUCAAACCACGGCUCGAGUCCGCUGGCCACCGGGUCACAGCUCUUGAUCUUGCGGCUUCAGGCAUCAACAGGAAGGCAAUUCAAGAUGUUCAUACUAUGUAUGAGUACACUGAGCCUUUGUUGGAGUAUUUGGCCUCUCUUCCUCCAAAUGAAAAGGUGGUGCUUGUUGGGCACAGUCUAGGUGGAUUGAAUAUAGCACUAGCCAUGGACAAGUAUCCAGAGAAGGUAGCUGUUGGGGUUUUCAUGGCGGCCUUUAUGCCAGAUACGAAACACAAGCCCUCAUAUGUCUUGGAACAGUAUAAUGAAAGAACCCCUGCAGAAGCAUGGUUGGACACACAGUUUUCUGACUAUGGAAGCGUCAACCAACCUUCAACGUCAAUGAUUUUUGGCCCCAAGUUCUUGUCCUCGAAGCUCUAUCAAUUAAGCCCCACCGAGGAUUUUGAACUAGCCAUGACUUUAGCAAGGCCAGGAUCGCUGUUCCUUGAUGACUUGUCCAAGGCAAAGAAUUUCUCAAAUGACGGAUAUGGGUCGGUUCCACAAGUUUAUGUUGUUUGUGAUCAGGAUUUAGGGAUUCCGGUGGAAUUUCAGCGAUGGAUGAUUAAAAAUGGAGUGCCUAAAGAUGUGAUGGAGAUAAAAGGAGCUGAUCAUAUGGCAAUGCUUUCAAAGCCAGAUGAACUUUGCCAUUGUCUUCUGGAGACAGCACAUAAAUAUGCUUAAUAAUGUUUACAUGCUUUCAUCUAUAAACCACUAUGAUACCAAAUAAUUUGUGAUGCUUGCUGUUAAUGCCUUUGGCUUUAUUUUCCCCCCAGUAAUCAAGAAGGCUUUGGCCAUUUUUAGUACUA